GACUCUCAGACUGGCGCUGGUCUCACGCAGGACAUCUCCUUUGUGCUGUUAUACAGGGACGUCGCUUACCUGAGGGGCAAGAGGGGUGGCUCCCGUCAGCUGACCAUGCUCGGACAGCGGGGCACAUCUACAUUGUGGAAAGGAGAGGAGCGAUAAAAUCGCAACAUCUGAUAGGAGAGGAAACUGUUCCUAGAGCAACUGUCCGGAGGGAUUUGUUAAUUAAAUUCUGGCAACGAAGGAGGAAUACGAGAAGUGCAUUGGAGGGAGUGGAAGAAGCUCUACCCCGGCUUUUAAAGAACAUCUAAACAUCGUCCCGAGUCUAACUUCAGGGCAGGUUCAGCUCAUGAAGCAUUCUGCCAUGAGAUUUCCAGCAGCAAAUUGGGGUCUCUUGAUGCUUCUGGGGAGCUUGGUUCCGCUGAGCAGUGCAGACUGUGAGGAUGCAAGGAAGGAUGUCGAAUUGGACUUAAACAUGCAGUACAGCUUUCCCAGCUUCACUGCAGAAACGUUCAUACAGAACAUAGUCCUCCACAAACAGCGCAUUUACGUAGGAGCAACAAACAAGAUCUACGUCCUGAACAGUAACCUGGAAAAGACUUCUGAGUUCAAAACUGGCCCCGUGUUGGAGUCCUUGAAUUGUUCACCAUGUGACAACUGUGAGGAGUUGGAAAACCACUCUGAAUCUGUGUGGAGGAACAAUACGAACAUGGUUUUGCUUGUCGAAACGUUCUACGGAGAUCAACUUAUCAGCUGUGGCAGUGCAAGGAACGGUGUCUGUUUCCUUCACAAUCUUGAGGAAAAUGCUCUUGCCAAUUUUUCAAGCAAUGCCCAGUGUAUGUACUCAUUUGCCAACAAUAACCAUGGCAUGUACCCAGACUGUAUUGCCAGUCCCCUAGGUACAAAGGUGUUGAUAAAGAAGAACGAUCGAUUUGUGAAUUUGUACAUCGGUGCAACACUGAGUUCUGCUCCUCUGUAUUCCCGGUUACAUUCAGUAUCUAUAAGGAGGUUAAAGGAAUCCGAAGAUGGCUUUCAGUUCAUCUCUGAACGUUCAUAUAUGGAUGUUACUCCACAGUCUAGGGACACCUACCCAAUUAAGUAUCUUUACACUUUCGAAAGUCGGAACUACGUGUACUUUUUAACUGUGCAAAAAGAAAGUUUGCGAUCUAAAUCAUUUCACACCAGAAUUAUUCGACUGUGCACCUCAGAUCCUUUGUUGAACUCUUAUGUUGAAAUGCCGCUGGAAUGUAUAAUCAGUGAAAAGCGAAGAAAGAGAUCCUCAAAUAUAGAAGUGUUCAACAUCAUUCAGGCUGCAUACGUAGCCAAACCGGGUGCAGACCUUGCUGAACAAUUGGGGGUUUCUGCUGAAGAGGAUGUACUCUUUGCAGUAUUUGUACAAAGUAAACCGGAGUCCUUGGAGCUUACCAACAGAUCAACAGUCUGUGCAUUUUCUGUAAAGUUCAUCAAUCAAUUCUUUGAACUGUUCAUUGAGAGGUGUCAGAAAGAAAAGCUUCCCAAAGGCCUUCACCAUUUUCACGGCGAUGCCAAUAGACACUGCACCGGUAAAAGCUCCACACCCAGAGAGAAGGCUUGUGGAGGAAACGAUGAUGGGUUUCAGAUGGAAAGCACAACUCCAGCACAACGGCUCGACUUGUUUCUUGGGCAAUUCCAAAACACCUUGUUAACGUCAAUUGCAGUCUUCACAAUGGGAAAAGUGACAGUUGCAAAUCUGGGAACUGCCGAUGGUCGCGUUAUGCAGGUGGUGAUUUCACGAAUUGAGCGAUCAACACCUCACUUCAAUUUACAGCUAGACUCUAAUUCAGUAUCCCCUCAAGUAUUAGUUGAACAAUCUGGAUCUGAACAAGGCUACAUAGUCAUUGUUACAGGGAAGAAGAUAAGCAAACUAUCUUUAACAGCUGCAAGGUGUGGUUAUUUCUUGUCAUGCACUAAGUGCUUAACCGCUCCUUCUUUCAUGGGCUGUGCAUGGUGUAGUGGUAGGUGUUCCAGAAUGCAAGACUGUAUGACUCACAAGUUGAAUAUCUGCCCUCCUGUUAUUAGCCAGAUCUCCCCGCUAACUGCACCUUUGGAGGGUGGAACAAGGCUGACUAUUUGUGGAAGGAAUUUUGAAUCAAUGAAAAGUAAAAUAAAUCCGAAAAUGACUUCCAUUACUGUUGGAAAUGCUGUCUGCAAAUUGGAGGCAUACAAAAGCAACAGAAACAGACUUUUUUGCGUAUUGGAAGCAUUUAACACCACUCGAGAUUAUAAUCCUGUCCAUAUUAAUUUAAUACUGAACAAAAAUUUGACAACACGAGCAGCCAACUUUUCUUUUGUGAAUCCAGCUAUUGUUCGCAUCUCUCCCCAUCAUGGUUCAAAAUCAGGAGGACCCAUACUAACAAUCACGGGGAAGUACUUGGACGGCGGAAGCAGAAGGGAAGUUUUAAUCGGAGGAAAAGUGUGUGAUCUCAAAAGCGUUUCCGAGACGAGGAUUCAGUGCGUUACUCCAGCCCAUGAAUCCCUGCAGAAGUAUUCUGUAGUUUUGAAAAUUGAUGCUGCUAUCCGGGAAUUCAAAGAUUGUUUCACAUAUGUGGAAAGUCCAUCAGUCACUAAUAUCCAUCCAGCUUGGUCGUUCAGCAGUGGAGGCAGCACAGUGACAGUGCAAGGAAGUAACUUGAAGUUUGUGCAAUCGCCCCAGAUGGUAAUCACGGUACAACAAAUAUCAAAGACUUUUCAUGUGGCAUGUAGAUAUGAAGUUAACAUGCAGGUGAUCUACUGUCCAACUCCCUCUCUGAAUCGCUUUAAACUCACACUGCCUACGCAGGGCAAGGCAUCUUUUAUCUUUGACAAUGUCACUGUGGGAUCCUUUGACUUUGGAUAUGCAGAAGAUCCUCUGUUUGAGACAUUUCAAGUACCCAAGGAGAUCAAAAAGAGCGGCAGUAAUGCCCUUGAGAUUAAAUUUCAAGGAACACAGAUUAAAGCUGAAGCUAUUGAUGGUAAAAUACUGACAAUUGGAAACCGGAGCUGUGAGCAUAUUCACCUGAGGCCAAAUGCUUUAGUCUGUAUCAUACCCAAGGAACUUCUGGCUUCAAGAAGUGAAUUUGAUGUAGAAUGGAAAAAAGCAAAUUCAUCAAUUUAUUUGGGGAGAGUAAUUAUCCUUGAAAAUAAGAACAUUAUUGCACUUGUUGGCUUGGUCGUGAUAGUGUUGCUGCUUCUUUUGAUAUUUGGAAUAUUUAUUUGGAGGUACAAGAAGCAACAGAUGAAAGAUCUAAACACAGAUAUUGCGCGGUUCGACGGAGGGACGCACACACUGCACCUGGACAGGCUUGUGAACACAAGAGCACGAAACAGUAUCACUGCAGAAAUGAUCUCUCAUGAAUCCUCUGACUAUCGAACAACCCUUCAAGAAGAUCCUUUUCAGAAUUUGGCACAAGGAGCAUCAUAUAGGCAGGCCCAGUUUUCACACUCCGAUUUGACUUGCAUAUUGUCAAGUGGGGACUUGGAUGCAACCGCGCCGUUACUGCAGGGCGACGUGAACAUCAGAUUCAGCAGCUUGGACUCUGAACUACUGAAAGAAGUGCAACACAUGGUUAUCAGCACUGAUGCUCUCACAAUGCACACCACAGAGGUGAUAGGACGAGGCCACUUUGGCUGUGUAUGCCAUGGAACUCUUGUUGCUCCAGAUGGGAACCAUAUACAUUGUGCAGUGAAAUGCCUCAACAGAAUCACUUGCGUAGAACAAGUUACCCAAUUUCUGAGGGAAGGAUUAAUAAUGAAAGAUUUCAAACAUACUAAUGUUCUUUCCCUGCUUGGGAUCUGCCUUCCAAACCAAGGAUCACCUCUGGUAGUUCUGCCAUACAUGAAACAUGGUGACCUACGGAACUUUAUCAGAGAUGAGAGUCAUAAUCCAACAGUAAAGGAUCUUAUUCGUUUUGGACUUCAUGUUGCAAAAGGGAUGGAAUAUCUCGCAAGCAAAAAGUUUGUUCACAGAGACCUUGCAGCAAGAAACUGCAUGCUGGAUGAGAACUAUACUGUAAAAGUGGCCGAUUUUGGGCUUGCAAGAGAUAUCUAUGAGAAGGAAUAUUACAGCAUUAAUAAUAAAAGUGGUGCCAAACUGCCAGUGAAGUGGAUGGCACUGGAAAGUCUGCAGACUCAGAAAUUCACAACCAAGUCUGAUGUGUGGUCUUUUGGCGUACUGCUGUGGGAGCUGAUGACGCGGGGAGCACCACCUUAUCCCGAUGUCGAUUCAUUUGAUGUCACUGUUUACUUGUUACAAGGCAGAAGGUUGCUGCAACCUGAAUACUGUCCGGAUUCGCUGUAUGCAAUAAUGCUAAAAUGUUGGAACCCAAAGCAGGAAAUCCGGCCAACAUUUUCGGAAAUUGUUUCAAAUCUGUCAUCAAUUCUUUCCACGAUUACUGGAGAUCACUACAUACAGUUAAAUACAACCUAUGUCAACUUAAACUGUGGAGUCCCCUAUCCAUCCGUUUAUUCAUCUCAAGACAGUGAGGACAGAGAUGCCCAUGCAUGAUGGAAGGCGGCGUUUCUGGAAAGGAUAUUUUAUCAGCAGACGAAUGCAAGAAAUCUGCUCCAGCCAUUACAAGGGAGAAGCCCUAUAUUAAAUGCGCUGCUGGCUCAACGGUAUCAACUGUGAUGAACUCUGCAGAAUGAAGUGACAGAGAUGAACUCCAGUUAAAGCUGCCUGCCAUCGCUGAGAAAUGAACCCCCUCUCCCCCAAAGAAGAACAAAGAUAAAGUUCUGCUUGUACCCCACCAGUUUUCCAUUCAACACGUUCUCUUUCCCGAUUUUCACCACCUUCAACAUGAUGCUACCACCGGUAAUAUCUUCUCUCUUUUUUCACAUUCCACUGGGACCACUUCCUUCCUGACCCCUGUAACUGUCCACACACCUCUUCUUUCUCACCGUUCAGGGACCCAAACAAUCAUUCUGCAUGAAGCAGCGCAUCACUUACUCUUCUCCCACCCGAGUCAGUCUUCACAAUGUGGCUGUUACUGCCUCGGAGAAACCGAAACCAGACCGGCUAGUGGCAGAGCAGACUGUCUGCACUCAGUCCUGAAGUUCCUGUUCCAUUCUCAAUCCCAACCCUUUUCCAAACUGCUGCCCGCAACCUCCUCCACUGCCACAGUGUAAACCAGAAGAGCAACAUCUUGUCUGUUUUCCAGGCACUGGAAUGAACAGUGAAUUAAUUUCCCAACUUAUGGUAAACCUCUGUCGUCAUUUACCAUUACCCUGCUUCUGCCCCUUGGCCACCCCAUUUCUUCUAAAUGUCUGACUGACAAUUGAAACUCAUAUUCCUCACCAUUGGCCCUCCCCUCUCACCUGCCAACUUGUACGCCUUCCCCUCUCCCCACCUUCUUAUUCUGGCUUCUUCUCCCCUCCUUUCCAGUCCUCAUGAAGAGCCCUGGCCCAAAACAUCAACUGCUUACUCCUCUCCAUAGAUGCUGCCUGACCUGCUGAGUAUUUUCCAUGGGUUACCCCUUUCUAAACCUAUCGCCAUUUGGUGUUCUGCCUUAAACCUCUUUCAUUUCCCCCAGCUCUGUUUUGAAACCUGUGAGGACCUCCACUGCAGUUCUGAUGCAGGGUCUCGACCACCCCUUUGCCUUACAGGUGCUGCUCAGCCCACUAAGUCAAUCCAGCAGGUCGUUAUGUCCUCCACAUUUCAAUAUCUGCAGUCACUUGGCUCCACCACCUCCUCCCCACCCAGUUCUGAGGAAGGUUUUGCUGAUCCAAAACAUCGAUGAGUUCUCUUUACCCAGAUGCAGCUCGGCUGGCUGAGUUCUUUCACCAUUUCUGGUUUUAUUGUUGUCAUUGGGAAUCUUGUUCGUAGUUUCUGCUGUAGAAUAAGGCUGUUCUGUGGACUGCAGGAGAAAAAAAAGUCAUGAUAGAUCUAAAGACAAGUUCCAUCCUGAAAAUUUAAUGGAGUGUUCUAUUUUUUUAAUAAAGAUAGGUUUAUUUUUAAUUGAUUAACCAUCAAUAGCAACAGUAAAACUGGACCAUGUUAUUAUUGUGUACAAAACCUUUUAUAAAUUAAUGCUUUUUCUUCAUUUCAUACAUCAUCUGUGUACCUUUUUAAUGAAAUAUACUUGUUUUCCCAGGA